GCGAGCGGAUCGUGUGCUGGAAAAAUCGGACAUCUAAAAUCUAAAGACUCUAGCGGCAAUCAAACGGUUUAUGAUUUUUUGUGCUGUGACAAAUGCGAUUUACUUGAGGACAAUAGUAGAAUUUGGCAAUCAGCUGGAAUUGUUUUGUGGGAGGCGAAAAUUCCAACCACCAAAGAGUGUCAAUAUAUUAAAUAAACACUCAGAAACCUUGGAUACUGUUCAGAAAUAAAAAAAAGUUAUAAAAAUCUACGAUAUCCAACCAUCUGUGACCCCCUGGCAACACUUGCAUUUUCCCUCACGACCAAUCGCCCAAUAACUCCCGAUUGACACACAUUUGAUGAGAACAAAUAGCAAACUUAAAUAAAUCAACCGAAAAUAAUGUCAACGAAAUCAAUGGCAGGCCACGGCAGCUGCAACAUGUUGCUGCUGUGUCUGCUGCUAUUGCUGCCGUCAGUCUCCCCAGUCCGCCUGCCCAGGAGCAGCAGCAACAAUGCAACAGCAGCAGCAGCAACAGCGACAACAGCAACAUCUACUGCUGGCAGCAACAAUGCCAAUGCCAAGGCUGGUAGCAAAUAUGAGAUACGCGGCGUUGCUGGUGAACCAAAUUACAAAUCGGUGAAUCUGACCUGGGAAGUUGAAUUCGUGCCGUCGGCCCAUGACACAGAUUCGAGUCCCAACUCCAACUCCAACUCCAGAGCGGGCCAGGUGAACGCGAUCGCGGACGCGACAAAUAUGAGCGGCGAUGUGGAACCGCCCCGGGCUUUGGCAUUCCAGAUAUUCUACUGCGAGAUGCAGAACUUCGGCCCACAGCGGUGUCGCGUCAAAUUGGUGAACGGCACCACCGCCGAGGUGACCCCGGAGGAUAAGGAAAUGGAGACGGAGCAGCACGAUCCCUUGGGUCCCCAGGUGCAACACUUUGCAGCUGCUAUCGAAAACUUGCGCAUGGCCACCAAAUACAGUUUCCACAUUCGCCCUGCGGCUCAGAAGCGCCUCCUAGCGGGCGGAACUCGCAGUUCCAAUGCUCGUGCUGAAUUUCACGACGAGAAUGAGAUCGAGAGUGGAGCCGGACACCUGCCUGGCCAGAGCAUCGUCAUACCCACCAAGGGAUUCACUGCACAUGCCACCCAGUGUUUGCCCCACGCCUCAGAAAUCGAGGUGGAGACAGGUCCUUACUUCGGAGGACGUAUCGUCGUGGAUGGUGGAAAUUGUGGCAUCAAAGGCGAUGCCAGUGAUUCGGCGGACAAGUACACUAUGAGGAUCGAUCAUAAGGAGUGCGGAAGUCUGGUGAAACCGGAGACCAGCACGGUGGAGACCUUCAUCACGGUGCAGGAAAACCUGGGAAUCUUCACCCAUAGCACAAGACGCUUUGUGGUGGUCUGCAGCUAUCAGUCCGGCAUGCAGACGGUCCGCGCAAGCUUCACUGUACCCGGCAAGAACGGAGUGGCUGCCGCCUACGAGCCCAACGAUCCCUUUGAGCCGGAUGAGGAUCAGCGCUUGGGCAGGGAACUCCGCCAGAUGCGCUACGUCAACAAGACGGAACUGGUGCUGCGGGAACCGGAGUCGUCGUCCGAUUCCCAAUCCGAAACCGAGUCCGUGGAACAGGCUGCGGUGGUGGAGCAAACGCAGCCACCCACCACCCAGCAGGCUGCUCAGCCCCGAGGUCAGGGCAGAGCUCUGAACCUCAACGAGGUCAAUAGCUUGGCGGAAGAGCCGGCGGCAGAGGGACACCAUUUGGAGCCGGUGGUGGGCACCAAGUACGCCAAACUGGUUGUGGACCAGGCACACAACUCCUGGAUGCCACUAGAAGCGGGCUCGCCACCAGGUGGUAAUGUCGAGGAUGAAGCCGUUCUGCGUUAUAUUGGCUCCCAUCUGAGCAGCGUGCUGGUAACCGUUUCGCUAUCUGUGAUAAUCAUCAGCAUUUGCAUCAUUUUGCUGCAGCGCCAGCGAAUCCGCUCGCCGCCCCGCAGCCCCUCCCCCUGCCUGGCCGCCCACCUGCCGCACAAGACGCUGCCGCGUGCUCUGCAGCAGCAGCAGUACCAGUGCACCUUGUAGGUGCCCCCGCCUCCAAUAACCACCGAAUGCCCCGCCUCGUCCUCCGAAUUUCCAGCUCACUAUGCCCACUUGUCUUGCUGAAUGUCAAAAUACUACAGAAAAAAAAUCAGAAAGAAAACUUCAUUUAGCUGAAGAUGACUGCGCAUAGCCACGCCCCCUUUCCGAACUCCUGGAACUACAGUUCCCAACUCAAGGCCCCAACGGUACCAGCGGGAUUGGCAACCUCCGAUUUACAUAAUCUUACUCUGGCCAAGCUUUAACUGCGAUCACGAGGGAGGACGAGUGGGCAAAAGGCACUUCUCAUAGAGCGAGAUUAGUCUGUAAACUCUUAGACGUACGAUUUUUGUAUAAAUUAUUUAU